AUGCCUUCCAAGCCAGCUCACAAAGCCGCCCUGCCGGAGCCCCGCGGUUUGAAAUACGAUGAAUCCGAUAUGGCACUCUUCCAUGCAAAGCUAUCGUAUCACGCUACAAUUGAUAGCCGCCUAUCGUCUAACGACGCCAACCUCGCGUCCAUUUCCGAACACCAAGCGCGAAUUAUCAAACGCUGGGAGAUGCUAAAACAGGUGGAAAAGGAGAUGGCAGACAAGGGCAAGAGCCUGUCACCGGCGGAGAAGAAGCAAUUGGCGCAGUAUGAGUGGCGGUAUAAGAUGUUGGAAGAACUGGCAACUGAGAGUAGCAGAUAG